AGGAAGCCUGUGUGUGCUGACGGCUGGAUUCAAUUAGGAAGCCAAGUUACGCAGAAGCUAAGCAGAGGCAGAGCUGGAGUCUGGCUAUGCCAAUGAGCCUACUACUGCUGCUGGUGCUGCUGGGAAGCCUGCCCAGCUCCAGCCAGGAUGCUUCUACAGACUUCCCCAUCAUGACAGAGGACCAGAAUUUCCCCCACCUGGGGGAGAGCUUGCAGCCACCACCCAGAGCCUGCCCCCCUCGAUGCUCUUGCCCUCGGGAUGACACCGUGUCCUGUGAUGGCCUUGACCUUCAUCUCUUCCCCAGUAAUAUCACCAAGGGUGCCCAGCACCUCUCCCUGCAGAAUAAUCAGCUCCUGGAGAUUCCUUACAAUGAGCUCUCCCGCCUUUGCUACCUCCGGACUCUCAACCUUCACAAUAACCAACUGUCCUCGGAGGGCCUCCCCGAUGAAGCCUUCGAGUCCCUGACUGAUCUUCAGUACAUUUACCUGGCCAACAACCAGCUCACUGUGGCACCCCAGUUUCUGCCCCGCUCCCUACGCAUUGCUGACCUUGCUGCCAACCAGCUGGUGGAGAUCUACCCACUUACCUUUGGGGAGAAACCUGAACUCAGGUCUGUGUAUCUUCAUGACAACCAGCUGACCAAUACGGGUCUCCCCUUUGAUGCCUUCCGUGGUUCUGAGGCCAUCACUACCCUCAUCCUCUCCAACAACCAGCUAAGCUACCUCCCUCCCAGCUUGCCCUCUUCACUAGUUCGACUCCACCUGCAGAACAACCGAAUCACCAAGGUGCCCCGGGGGGCCCUGGGUCGACAGUUCCAGCUACGGGAGCUCUAUCUACAGCACAAUCGGCUCUCUGAUCCUGGCCUGGAUGCCAGCACCUUCAGCAAACUCAAGAGCCUGGAGUACUUGGACCUGUCCAACAACAGGUUGGGGGAGGUGCCGGAGGGGCUACCCCCAAGCCUGGUCAUCCUGCACCUGGGCAGAAACCAGAUUGACCACGUGCCGGCAGGCCGGCUGAGUGGGGUCCGGGGGCUGCAGUAUCUCUUACUGCAGCACAACCCACUGGGGCCUGGAGGACUAGACCCAGCUGCCUUUCAGGGGCUUCGGGGCCUGCACACGCUGCACCUUUAUGCCAAUGGGUUGGAGCAGGUGCCGCGAGGACUGCCCCACCGCCUGCGUGCCCUCAUGCUGCCCCACAACCAUAUCAGUGAGCUGGGCCCUCAGGCCUUGGCUGCCACACCCUCUCUGGUUGACCUCAACCUGGCCCACAAUAGACUGACCAGCGCACACCUCCACCACCUAGCGUUCCGCCGCCUGGGACAUCUGCAGACCCUCGACCUGGCAGGAAACCGCCUUACGUUGCUGCCUCAGGGCCUGCCAGACAGCCUGCAGGUGCUCAGGCUGCCCAGGAAUCAGGUCAACACCCUUGACCCCGAGCCCCUGACCAACUUGAGCAUGCUCCAGGAGUUACACCUAGGGCACAAUAGGCUCCGUGUAGGUUCCAUCAUGCCCGGGACCUGGCAGGAGCUCCCCAGCCUCAAGCUCCUGGACCUCAGCCACAACGAACUGUCUUUUGUGCCUCCUGAUCUUCCUGAGGCCCUGGAAUUCCUGUACCUCCAGGGGAACCGCAUCAGCAAUGUGGGUGCCCAAGCCUUUCUCACCACACCCCACCUACGGGCGCUUGUCCUCAGAUCGAACCAGCUGCUGAUGACCAGCAUCUCCCCUGAGGCCUUUCUGAACCUGCUGCAUUUAGAAGUGGUGGAUACGUCAGGAAACCCUGAGGCAGUUAUGGUCAGGCUGCCUGAGCGGCCCAAGCAGCCCCAGGCCCACUGAACCAAGCUGAGCAUCCCGACGUGAGCUGCUGUGCGUACUUUCUCUGGUUCUCUCCGGGGCUGCUCUCGGUGGCCAACGCUUGCUAUCUCUGCAUGAGCCAGUCAGUGUGGAGGGUGGGAGUUGGGGCCAGGCACCAAGCUGGCUCUGGAGGACACAAGGCCCUCUUCCACUUUGGGACAGAUGGACUUGUACCCUGUGGCCUAGGGAUCUUCAGGGGCAAGAGAUAAAAUGACUAGCAAACUCUUGACAGUGACUCAUAAGGGUUGGGGUACCUAAUCCACCUGAGUGAAAGGCCCCUGAUACCCUACCCACAACCAGGCACCCAGAGAC